UAUUAAAAAUAAUGAAAUGGUCCCCCCGUUUCCACCCUUGAACCUCUACCAUUUUCAUAAGCAGAUUUCUUCACCUGAAAACCGCUUCUUCAAACCGCUUCUUUCGCCUUCUCUUCUUCUCUCUUCCUUUCCCUUUCUUUCAAACUCUCUUUUUGCACGUUUCUUACAGUAACUGGUAAUAGUAAUUAUCUAUCUCUUCCUUUCUCUUACACCAUAUUCCUCAAAGCCUUCGCCUUUGUUUGCUCUACAAAUAGGAGCAACAUAAAUCCCAGUUAUGUCUUAAACUUUGGAUUGUAAAAAAGAAAAAAAAAACAAUCUUUUCCAUUUUUUCCUUCGCUUUCUCUUCACCUUAUCAUCUCUCUCUAUCAACCGUGAAUUCAUAAUUAUCAUCGUCAUCGUCAUCAUCAUUUUCAUCAUAUCUCUCUUUCGAAUACGUUUUACAGAGGAGAAAAGGAAAGGGCACAUGGCGUUUCACCACAACCACCUUUCUCAAGACCUUCCUCUCAAUCACUUUACCAACCCACAACAACAACGAACGAACCAACAGCAACAGACGAAUCAACUGCCGGAAAGCACCGGUCCCAAUUGGUUAAACACUGCUCUCCUUCGUUCCCAGCAGUCUCAACCACCGCAACUGCAUGCUCACUUUUCAGACCCUAACUUCCUUAACCUUCAUACUACUACAACUGCUUCUGACUCAACCGUCGCUUCCCAAGCGCCCAACCAGUGGCUCUCCCGUUCAUCCUCUUCGCUUCUUCACCGCAAUCACAGUGACGUCAUCGACGACGUGGCAGCCCCAACAGCUGGAGGAGGUGGUGGUGGGGACUCCAUGAUUGCCGUGGAAUCGGGAGAUUUGAAGAACAACAACAGCGAGACUAUGAAUAAUAACAACAAGAGCGAAGGCGUCGUAGUGGAGAGUGUAGGAGGUGGAGGUGCUGGAGAUGGGGCUAUGAGUUGGCAGAAUGCCAGAAACAAGGCGGAGAUACUAGCUCAUCCUUUGUACGAGCAACUACUGAGUGCACACGUGGCGUGUCUUAGGAUCGCCACUCCAGUGGAUCAGCUUCCGAGGAUCGACGCUCAGCUGGCUCAGUCACAGCAUGUGGUGGCUAAGUACUCGGCUCUCGGAGGUGGGACCCAGGGCUUGGUUGCUGAUGACAAAGAGCUCGAUCAGUUCAUGACGCAUUAUGUUCUGUUGCUAUGUUCAUUUAAAGAGCAAUUGCAACAACAUGUUCGGGUCCAUGCAAUGGAAGCAGUGAUGGCUUGCUGGGAAAUUGAGCAAUCCUUACAGAGCUUAACGGGAGUUUCUCCAGGUGAAGGUACAGGUGCAACAAUGUCUGAUGACGAUGACGAUCAAGUAGAUAGUGAUGCCAACUUGUUUGAUGGAAGUUUGGAUGGUCCAGAUUCCAUGGGAUUUGGACCUCUGAUCCCAACUGAGAGUGAAAGGUCUUUGAUGGAGCGUGUGAGACACGAACUGAAACAUGAACUAAAACAGGGUUACAAGGAGAAGAUUGUUGACAUUAGGGAGGAGAUUUUGCGCAAGAGAAGGGCAGGAAAACUUCCUGGCGACACAACAUCAGUUUUAAAAGCUUGGUGGCAGUCGCACGCCAAGUGGCCUUACCCUACAGAGGAAGAUAAGGCGAGGCUGGUUCAGGAAACAGGUUUACAAUUGAAACAGAUAAACAAUUGGUUCAUCAAUCAGAGGAAGAGGAACUGGCAUAGCAAUCCAUCAACUUCUACCAUCUUGAAGAACAAACGUAAAAGAAGUAAUGCAGGUGAAAACAAUGGUGAACGGUUCACGUAAAUGGAAUACAGUCCAGACCAAUCAAAGAUGAUGUCUCUUCACAUUUCCACUUGAACAAUUAAAUCCAACAUACUACAUAGAAAUUACAACAACAUAGGCUUUCAAUGGAACUGCUGCAGGGUUAAACCGAAAGGAACAGAUUUUACUUAAACAUGAGGGAAACAAAAGGGCUAACACAGGAUGAGGUUGUAAUCGAUGAACCCGAUUUGUGCCAUUUUGCAGGUAAUUUGUAGAUCGAGGCACACCAGUUUGGUGCUGUGCAAUAUUGUUAGGAAUUUUGGGAAUAAUAUUUACUGUAACUUUGUUGGAUAAAUUCCAUUUGCAUUGGCAGAUUAUGAUUUAUGUUCUUCUUUAUGUCUCUUAAUAUCAGUGAAUAAGCCUAGUGAGGGUUCGUGACUCGUGAUUGUACAGUGUAAUAAACUUUGCUUCAUUCCUAAAAGUCAUACUAGAUCAUUACAGCAUUUUUGGCGUUGUAAUGUCGAGUCAAAUUUGCAGCAAAGAUGGCAGGUUGAAGCCCUCUUUAUGUUCGUUCUCAUCUCUACUUUUCUUCGCAUUUACGGAAGAAAAUGGAUGGAUAUUCCAUCAUUACUAUACGAUACAAUUAGGCAAACUUUCGGACGCUCCUGAUUGUAUUAUGAUGGUGGUGAUAUUCGCUGUUUAUUCCUAGUUUUUGCGAUCAAAAGUCCACUACUUUAGGUGCAUUAUUUUUUCCUAGUCGAGUAGGUGGGAGUUUUGAUAUAUGGAUGUGCAUGAUUGACUUGGUUUUGGUUUACUUUAAGAAAGUUUGGAGAUCACACCGAAAAUCGUGU